CAAAAAGUCCAGACAAAGGGAUUAUUGGGGCUUCCUCUUUUUCCACUUUUUCUCACCCCCGUGCCACUGUCCUGAUUGUGACCGGGGCCAGCCAUGAGUAAACAGGAGACUCUGGCAACCUGUAUUGCCAGAAUGUAUGAGGGUGGCAGGCUGGAGAACUCUGGAACGCCAUCCGGAACAAUCAAGAAGUCGAGCACUACUUUGAUAGGCAGCCUGAGCAAAGUGGAGGUCAAGUUGAACGUCCUGGAGGGGAAAAUGGAACAAAUCGAGCAUACCCAGACAGAGGUGCUCCAAAAGCUGAGCUCACUGUGUCAUGGGAUGGAAUCGUUUGAGAAGAUCCUUAUGCAACACAACCAGGGCAGCCAAGAAUCAAAUCUGGUCAAAAAUGGCCAAGUAGAGGGCAACAAGCUCCCCUUGCUUACUGAGGUCAGAUCGCUUUGUGGAGAAACUGUGGAUCUGCUUCAUAAUCUCAAGCAGGAGAGUCAACAGCAGACGAAGAAUAUUAGUGGUAUUGAAAGUUCUCUGUCCACACUUGAUAAAGUACUAGGGUAUGUGGGAGAUGCUUUCCACAACUCAAAGAUAGUGGAGUUUAUCCUCAAUGGUGUGGUGCCAUGGAGGAAGCAAGGCCUUCUGGACACUGUAGAGGAAGAGAAAAAAAAAACAGAUGACAACAGUGUUAAGCCCAAAGACAGUGUGUGCCACCAGAGCACACAGACUUCAGAGGAGGUUAAAGAAGUUUCAGCUAAGACUGCGCUCCAGCAGCCAGAGGUCACUGUUUCCACUUUCCACAGUCUACCCUCUCCUGAACCCCUGACAGGUUCAACUGAACCUCUGCACACUGUUAGUGGAGGAGAAUGGUCCAAUAAAGCCUUACGUAAAGCCAAGGAGGUCACCGGGAAAAGCAGAGAGCCGGCACGUGUCCAGACAUUUGCUCCUGAAGUCCAGCUUGAAAUUGAAGACACUGAGGUGCAUGAUGUACCCACACAGGAGAUAGACAGAUCAGCUGCAGUGCCAAUUAAAACAGAGUGUGUCACAAUUACAACAGCUAAAGUGGAAGAAGACGUGGCUUUUCAGCCAGAGAGGGAUAUUGAACAGGCAGGACUUUCACAGUUUGGUGUGGAGGUUUCAAUCAAGCCAACAUUUCUUGGAGAGCAUGUUAAGUGGAAGUUGGAGGUUCCUCAAGAACAGACAAAAUGUUCACUGUUUGGUGAGAAGGCCUCACCCAAGACAACAGUUACUGGACAACAACAACUGGAGAAGAAUGUUUUGGUUCCUCAAGAACAGACAGAACAUUCACUAGUUGGUGAGAAGGCCUCACUCAAGACAACAGUUCCUAGAGAGCUUCAAGUAGAGAAAAAGGUGGAAGUUUAUCAAGAACCUCAGCUUUGCACCAAAGAUCUUGUCAACAAGGAUUCAGAGACUAAGUCACCACAUAAAAAGUCAGCAAAGAUGGUGACACCUGUGCCAAAACAUAAUGAGAACAAGCUAGAAACCGAACCAGUAGUGAAAAACUGUGCAGCUCCUAGUCCACAGACAACAGACCAUGUUGAAGGAGGAAAUGCAACAUCAGGACCUCUGAGAACACAUCUCCUGAUCAUUGAUGACAGUCCACCACUUCCAGCCCCAUUUGAGCAUCGCAUCGUCAGUGCCAAGCAGGUUCCCAUGAGUUCAUAUUAUGCAGUCAACCCCAAUGCGCUGCUGGGCGGAGGCCGUUUUGGACAGGUACAUAAGUGUGCUGAGUUGUCAUCAGGUCUUACUCUGGCUGCUAAGAUUAUAAAAGUACGGGGAAUGAAAGAGAGGGAUGAAGUAAAGAAUGAAAUUGGAGUUAUGAACCAGUUAAACCACGUGAAUCUGAUUCAGCUGUAUGAUGCCUUUGAGUCUCGGACUAACCUCACUCUCAUUAUGGAAUAUGUGGAGGGAGGUGAAUUGUUUGAACGAAUUGUUGAUGAGAAUUACCAGCUGACAGAGUUGGAUGCCAUCGUGUUUACCAGGCAGAUUUGUGAGGGGGUACAGUACCUUCACCAGCAGUACAUUCUUCAUUUAGAUCUUAAGCCAGAAAACAUAUUAUGUGUGAACAGCACUGGGAAUCAGAUCAAGAUCAUUGACUUUGGACUCGCCAGAAAGUAUAGGCCCAGAGAAAAGCUGAAGGUCAACUUUGGAACCCCAGAGUUCCUGGCACCAGAAGUUGUCAACUAUGACUUUGUGUCAUUUCCUACAGAUAUGUGGAGCGUUGGUGUCAUUACAUACAUGCUUUUGAGUGGCCUUUCUCCAUUCCUGGGUGACAACGACACAGAGACAAUGAACAACAUUCUGCAUGCCCAGUGGUACUUUGACACAGAGGCAUUUGAGAAUGUGUCCGAGGAAGCCAAAGACUUUAUCUCCAGACUUCUUGUACCUGCCAAAUGUAGCCGUCUGAGUGCAUCAGGGUGUAUGAAGCAUAGCUGGUUGAAUAACCUGGAGGACAAGGCAAAAAUGUACAAAGUUCGCCUAAAGUCUCAACUGAGUCUGCAGCGUUACCUCGCAGCUCACCGUCAGUGGAAGAAACACUUCUAUGCAGUUGCAGCCGCUAACAGGUUGAAGAGAUUUCAGCAGAACAGAUCAGUCAGUACGCCAAAUUAGCUAUUAACCUAGAGGACAGUGUCAGUAGCAAAUACAUCACACAUUGGGAAAGCAUCCUGUUUCUGAUGUAAAGAAUUUGUAGAAAGCAUUUUAUCUUGCCUUGUUUGUAGCCAGUUUCCUUUUUUGCUUGUAUAAGUAUCUUGUUUAAAAAUGUCACAUUUUCUUAAUGUAUCUUGUUUGAACACCAUUGCAUUUAAUUUACCCUUCAUUAUCAUGCUUUCACACCAAGAGUGUAUUGCAUGGAUUACAGGGUAUGCUUUUGAAUCACAUGAAAAAGCUUUUGUCCCUUCUGUGAAGGUUUUUCUUGGGAUCUACUGCCUUGUCCUAGUACAAGCCCUGGCAAAAAUGAUUUACUUCGUAGCAAAUAAACAAAUCACAGAUAUGACACAAAAAAAUUGUGUUAAAUAGCUGAACACGAAAUGGCUUCUUGAAACAUCCCUCAAACAAAUUAAAUUACAUUAUUUUAAUUAAUUGCAUAUUUUUUUCCAGAUCAAGUAGAGGAAAAAAUGAUGGAAUCAACAACAAAAAAAUAAAAAUCGUAAUUCGUACUUUGUUGCUCCUCUGGCUUUUAUGACUACCUGAAUUCUUUGAGGCAUGGACUUCACUAAUGAAAAACAAUAUUCUCCAUCAAGCUGGUUCCAACUUUCUCGAGUAGCGGUUGACAGAUCAGCUUUGCAGGAUGGAGUCUUGCCAUGGACCACGUUUUUCAAUUUCCACCAUAAAUUUUAAAUCAGAUUUCCUGAAGAAAAGCUUUAACACUCACCAAACCUAUUUUCUAUCGAUGAAGUGAGAAAAGUGUCCAAAAUUUCAACAGUCAAUGCACAGGUGUACAUUGACUGUUGAGGUAAUGAUUGCCAUCUCCCCUGGUCCUUACCUGACAUGCAACACCAUAUCAUAAAUGACUGGGGAAAUUUGAUUUUCUUCAAGCAGUCAUCUUUAUAUGUUUCAUUACAACGGCACCAGACAAAAGUUCCAGCAUCAUUGCCUUGGCCAAUGCAGAUUUGUGAUUCAUCGCUGAAUAUCACUUUCAUCCAAUCAUCUACACUAUAUGAUAUCUUCUCUUUAACCCACUGUAGCCUUGUUUUCUUCUGUUUAGGUGUUUGUGCUGAUUUUCGUUUGGUUUUUCUAUAUGUAAAUCCCAUUUCAUUCAGCUGAUUUCUUACAGUUCUGUCACAAACAUUGACUCCUGUUUCCACCCAUUUGUUUUUAAUUUGUUUUGAGCAUUUUCUAUUUUCAAGGCAUAUUGCUUUGAGUUUUCUAUCCUGAUGCUUUGAUGUCUUCCUUGGUCUACCUGUAUGUUUUCCUUUUAUAACCUUCCAAUUUUGUUUAUACUUGAACCAAAUUUUAGACACAGCUGACCGGGAACAACCAACUUCUUUAGCCACACUCCAUGUUGGAUUUCCUUGGAGUUUUAUAAUCCUUUCCAUUGUUUCAGUUGACAACUCUCUUGUUGGGGUCAUGUUUCCUUUCAAUUAGCCAAGUCCAACAGCUCGUUAAGGUCUGUAAACACUCUAUUAACUGCAGACUAAUUUGCAUUUUUAGACUUGUGCCAGUAUUUGUUUUAGAAAUGCAAAUUACAAGGUGAUUCCAUAAUUGUUUCCUCAACAUUGAGUGAUUCCAUCAUUUUUUUCUCUGCUUGAUCUGGAAAAAAAUAUGCCAUUAAUUAAAAUAAUUUAAUUUGUUUGAGGGAUUUGAGGUUUCAUGAAGCCAGAUGUUCAGCUAUUAAACAAAAAAUGUCAUAUCUGUGAUUUGUUUAUUUGCUAUGAAGUAAAAAAAGCUGGGUGAACAUCCUCUUAAGUUUGGUGGUUCCAUAAUUUUUGGCAGGGGUUGUACUUGAAAGAAAAUGUUUCCUUUCAUAUUGUUUGAAAGUAUUUUUUAUGAGUAAAAACUUAGCAGCAGGAUUUUAUAUAGAGACACAGCAGACAUCCUACAUUGCUAACCUUUAUCGAGCAUUUAGUUUAUAACAGGAAAACUCAAUCAACAAAAUAACAAAUUGACUAGCAUGGUAUAUCAUUUUCUUUUUUUUUUUUUUUUUUCAAA